AUGUUUGUGGAAAACUUAGAAAGAGAUUUCUACAAAUUAAUAAGAGACGACAGGUGUUUACUGUUGGUAAACUUUGAUGUUGAUGCGAUUUGUGCCUGCAGAAUUUUGCAACAGCUCUUUAAAAAUGAUAACAUGAUAUAUACACUUGUGCCUGUCCAAGGUAUUCAGGAUAUGGUUCAUGCCUUUGAAGAAAAUUGUGAAGAGAUAAAAAACGUUAUUUUAAUAAACUGCGGUGGUACAUUAGAUUUAGUGGAAUUACUACAACCUGCAGAAUCUGUGAUAUUUUAUGUUAUUGAUAACCAUAGGCCAUAUGAUUUAUGUAAUAUAUAUUCAGAACAUCAAGUUCGUAUACUUGGCAAACCUGAUGAGGAUGACGAGAUUCCAGAGUAUAAUGAAGUCUUCAGAGAUGAUUCGUCUGAUGAGGAUGAGGAUGAAGAUUUGGAGAAUGAGGAAUCUCAAGCAAAGAGACGAAGAUUGAACGAAGAAGAUAUUGUUAAGAGAGCUGAACGAAGAAAAUGGACAGAGAAUAGAGCAACUAUUCUGUUCAAUUAUACACAGUAUAGUUAUUAUGGCAAAUCAAGUGCAAUGCUUGUCUUUGAUAUGGCAUGGAACAUGUCCAAAGACAGUUUGGAUAUGCUUUGGUGGGCUAUAGUUGGCUUUACAGAACAGGCCAUUCUUGGUAAAGUAGAAACAAGAUCGAGUGUUCUUGAAGAGGGAGCCCUUCACUCUCAUGUAUCUAGGUUAACUCACAGACAAGGAGGGGAAGUUGAAAAACAACAGCAGAGUACCAUCAGGAUUACUUACGACAAAGAUCUUUCACUUGUAUUGUAUCGACACUGGACCGUAGAAGCUAGUCUAAGACAUUCAGUACCAACUGCAGUGUCAUUGAGAUUAUGGUCAAUUAGAGGAGAACAAAGAUUAAAGGAGCUUUUAGCAGAAAUGGGUUUACCUUUAGAGCAAUCAAGGCAACGAUUUAAUGCAAUGGAUCUCGCACUUAGACACGAAUUUAGACAAAUGAUCGAAAAAUUAGCAGGAAAAUAUAAAGUGGACUCUAUUAUUGGAACAAGUUUUACCCUUCAGUACGGUUACAGGUUCAAGUACUGUGCUUCAGACAUAGUUUAUGCUAUGCUUGCCUUAAUGGAAUCCUCUACAAAAGAAAAGUUGCCACAACGUUGCUUUUUAGAUGCUCUGGAUUGUUUAUCACGCACUAAGAAAGAUGUUCUAGAAGGCGGUAUCGAAAAAGCGAAACUUAUGCUUAGUAGUGUUUUUAAGACUGCCCAGGGUGUUUUACAAAUGAAGCAAAUUAGAAGCGCUGGCUCGUUUCUUUAUAUAAUUAUACCAGAGGGAAGUGUCGAUAGUCAUGUGUUCGCGCGUACGUAUCCAUUAUUAAUGUUAGCUCAAUUUACUCUAAAAGCUUAUGUCAAUUCGUCAAAGAAUAGAAGAGCACGGGAAUGGCCGCUCGUAGUUUCUUCGAUAUGUAACGCAGAAACUGGCACAUGUCUCGUGGUUGGUAUACCACCGGAGUGUGAAGAUCAACCAAGAAGUCUAUUUGGAAGAGCUUUCGAACAGGCAGCUAAAAAUACUAAUUCUUAUAUAGAAGCAGACUACUUUGAUACUACAAUAAUAAGACUGAAAACUGAGGAAAGACCAAAAUUUUUGGAUUCUCUGGCAGCCCUCCUAGCGUGAAACUUUUUAGUGACUUAUUUGACGUAUGA